GUUACGUUGUUACCCCUGCUCACCCACCAUUGUCGUUCUUUGUUACCCACCUCCAUUCCUAGACGAAUUUCCUAAAAUGAACUGAUGCUUUUUGUAUUGGAGAUCUGUUGAGAAGAAUCUUAGAGCAGGCAAAAGGCCAGUUUUGAUGGAGGGGUCGAUGAGUUUGCAGAUCAAUCCCAUUAAAGCUUAUUAUAGGCAGGAGAAAUCAGGCUUUGUUUCUGCAUUUGCUCCAAGAGUGUCAGGAAGAGUUUCAUGGAAAUCAAUUGGGAUGAUUAGAAAUCCCAAGCCUGUGAAUUCGGUUUUCGCUUCGAUUCAGCCUAUUGAAGUUUCCAAAAAAAACAGCUUUGCUAAUGCAUUGCCAUCUAAAGAGGUGCUUGACAUCUGGCAGAAUGCGAGUGCUGUAUGCUUUGACGUGGAUAGCACAGUUUGUGUAGAUGAGGGCAUAGAUGAACUUGCUGAGUUUUGUGGAGCUGGAAAGGCUGUUGCAGAAUGGACUGCCAGGGCAAUGAGUGGCUCAGUUCCCUUCGAGGAAGCCUUGGCUGCCAGACUAUCUCUAUUCAACCCUUCAUUAUCUCAAGUUCAGGAUUUCUUAGAGAAGAGACCUCCAAGACUGUCGCCUGGGAUUGAAGAAUUGGUCAACACGCUGAAGGGUAGGAAAACUGAUGUUUAUCUGAUCUCUGGAGGGUUUCGUCAAAUGAUCAAUCCUGUUGCAUCCAUCCUCGGUAUACCGAGUGAAAAUAUUUAUGCCAAUCAGCUUCUCUUUGGAAGUUCCGGGGAAUUUAUGGGGUUUGACAAAAACGAGCCCACAUCAAGGAGUGGAGGGAAAGCUGCUGCAGUUCGGCAGAUACGAAAGGAUCGUGCAUACAAGUCACUAGUCAUGAUCGGGGAUGGUGCUACAGACCUUGAGGCUCGUCAGCCAGGGGGCGCUGACUUGUAUAUCUGCUAUGGGGGAGUUCAACUUCGAGAAUCUGUUGCAGCAAAAGCUGAUUGGUUGGUGUUCGACUUGAACGACUUGAUCAAUUCAUUGGAAUAGUACUAUAUGCUUUUCUGUCUUCCCCUAUUGUUUCUUGAUUGACUGAAGCAUCCACUUUCUUGUCUUUGUUACACUCUAACUGGAUCUAUGAUGUUGAAAUUUGUAUCAAUUUUUCUUUUUGGAGAAUGAAUAAAGAGGAGUCUUAAUCUCUAAUCUGAGUUUGAUCACACUGUA